AUGUGUGACGACCAGAGUGAUGACAUACAUUUGACGAAGCUCCUUGUUGCACCCGAAACACCGAAGCUCCGUGCUGCACCGUGCUUGGUCGGCGAUGCCGCAGCCUGCGGAGCGCUGGGCAGCGGCUCCUCGGCGCGGCGGUGUUUGGGAAUCGAGGAGGUACAGCUGGUGGUUUUGAGGAGUGCCUGUCUUUGUGAACGAGCACCGAAUGAGAUUUUGCUUGGAUCCAGACUGAUCAUGAAUGAUCCAGAUGACCUUUGCGGUGGCCGACUCCAGACCUUCUGCUGGGAAACGCCCGAGACGGGCGAGCGCCUGGUCCGCGUCUGGACGCCGCCCGGGUGGACGAGGGGCGCCGUGCCGUUGGCGUUGUGGCUCAACGACGGCCAGAACCUCUUCCGAGACGAGGACGCCUUUGGUGGCGCCUCUUGGGGUGCCGCCGGCACCGUGGCGCAUUUGAUCGCCGCGCAGCGCAUCCCGCCGAUCCUCCUGCUGGGCAUCGAUCAUCGGGGUCCCAUGAGGACCUUCGACUACUUGUCGGUGCCGCCCACGGGCUGGGACGCGCCCUGGGGCCAGGGCAUGCGCGGAGACAUGUGGGAUGCCCCCGGCGGAGGUGUGGAGACCUACAUGGAGCGGGUGAUCUCAGAGCUGUUGCCCUGGGCGGAGCAACUCUUCGGUGUUGCGCCCGAAGCCUCCCAGAGAUACUUUGGUGGCUCCUCCUUUGGCGGCAUUUGUGCCUUGUACAUGGCCAUGCGAUACCCAGACCAUUGGGCCGGCGUUUUGGUGGAGUCGCCCUCCUUCUGGGCGGGCAAUGGCCGCUACAUGGCCGACGUGGCUCAGAACGAGAAGGGUUGGCCCAAGCGGAUGUACCUGGCGAUGGGGGAGUUUGAAUACGCCGGCUUCCGCGGCACCGAGAGGCCGGGCAGUUUGCAAUGCGACGCCUUCUUGCGGGAGGCGUUGGUCGAGUGCGCAGGUCACUUGAGGAAGGCUACAGCGCUCCUCUCCUACCUUGAGCCUGGCGGGCGGCACAACGAGCGAGACUGGGGCCGGCGGCUGCCGAUGGCGCUGCGUUGGUUACUCUCGGGCGAAGAAGGGCGAGGCGAAGCCUUCUGGACCAGGCCCUCGCCACUGCUGCCGGGCAGUUGUUUUGAGCUGCUGGCGCGCAAGGACCAGGUGAGGCUGCCAGACUCUGGGCGCUUCCAGGUGCACCUGGGCUUCGACCAGUGGUCCUCGGGCGUGCGACGCUGCGACCUGCUGCCGAGUGGUUUGGGGCCCACGGAGGGCUCCGAGGCCGUGCUGGCCGCCUUGGCUUAUGCUCCAAGCUCCAGCAGUUCCCUUCACUUCGCCUUCACCAAUGGCGUGGACUGGGACAACAACCAAGAGAAGAACUACGAGAUUGAGUUCGACUGCCGUCCUGGUGCCAUCGCACAGUCCUUGGCCCUGCGCGAGCCCAAGUACCAAGAGACCGCCGCCUACUGCCACUUUGGCCGUGAGGCGGUCACCAAGAACGGCAUCAAGUUCUUCGAGUGGGAGAACUCGAAGGACCUCUCCAAGUACAAGUCCAUGAGCAGCUCCCAGGUGGAUGCAGCCUUGAAGUCCAGCAACUUCCUCACCAAGUGGGUCGACUGA